AAUGCAUUCGAGAGUUCUCAUAUAUUCUCUUAAUGAAUUAUUUACUGAGCUAAUACGGUUUAAUCUUGGUGAGUGUUACUACAUUAAAUGCUUAAAGUCUGUGACAAAAUGAGCAUUUCGUUCCCGCGAAAGAGCAUCAUGAAGAAAAAUGACGACACAAGCGAAGUGGAAGUGAUAACUGCAUUACAAGGAGGACUUUAAAUAAAGUUCAAAGAUAAUCGAGCUUUUCUGCGUGCUUCGGGGCUUCCGGCUAAACGACACGACGGCAAUAGUGAAUAACCUGCUGGGGAUCAUGGAGCUGACCACCGUGGCCAAUGACCUCACCAGCCACUACACACCCGGCGACAAGCGCAAGCUCUGCAUCGCGCUGGCCAUCGCGGGCCUGCCCAGCGUCGUUCUGCUGGACGAGCCGAGCACGGGUGUGGAUGUCGCAUCGAAGGCGCAGAUACGGCGCAGUCUCAGCAUCGUCCGCCGGAUGACAGACUGUGCCAUACUGCUCACCUCAAACAGCAUGCAGCAGUGCGAGGUCCUGUGCGACCGCAUCGCCAUCAUGCUCUCGGGCCAGCUAGAGUGCAUCGGCACGGUGGACGAGUUGAAAAGCAAGUUCGGCCGUGGCUAUACAAUCACCAUCAAGAUGCGCCAGGACACCAUCGACGACUCCGAGUACCGGGAAGACCUGACGCAGGACAUGAAGGCCGAGUUCCACAGCUGCCAGCUCGACCACUCCUUCCAGGGCGUGCUAGAAUACCGGAUCGCCACGACCUACACCACCUGGAGUGAGAUGUUCUCCAAGAUGGCGGUUAUACAGAAGAAAUACCGCUUCAAGGAAUUCUACGUGUGCGACACGACCUUGGAGCAGAUCUUCGUCAGCUACGCCCGCAAGCAGAUCAAUUUUACCAAGGCCCUAGCCUCGACCUCCUGA